UUCUCGUAGCCUAGGCUGAUCUGCGGACACGCAAUCAAUUUAUCCUUAUUUUUCGGAGAACAAAACUUCAAACUCAACUUGAGGUCUUCACAGCCCCAGGUGCCCUCGGUGCAGUGCCGGUUUCAGUAAGCAAAGUUAAAGCUAAAGGUAAAGCUAAAGCCAGAGGCAUAGCGUAAAAGCAAGAAAAACAUCGAACCUACAAACUCGGCCCAUGAGCAAAUACCCCACGAAAGUUUCUCUCUGUCCCCACUUGUAAGUUUUGAUUUGUUGGUUUCUAAAUUUGGGUUGCGCUCACAGUACAAGGGUUUGGAGGUUGAAGGAGAGUUUAACGAAGACGAUAGGAGAGAGGGGAGAUGGCUACUUUGACUGCUGCUCUUGUGCUUCCGUCUGAGCUCAAACCUUCUUUCUCUCCACACCAAAGUUCUCUCUUCGUUUGUCGAAGAAGACCAAAGAAGAGUCACCCUGCUUUUCCUGUCGCAAGGCUGUUUGGUCCUGCAAUUUUCGAAGCUUCAAAGCUUAAGGUUCUGUUUUUGGGAGUGGAUGAGAAGAAGCACCCAGGGAAGCUUCCUAGAACUUACACGCUUACGCAUAGUGACAUAACAUCUAAACUCACUCUGGCUAUAUCUCAAACUAUAAACAACUCUCAGUUGCAGGGGUGGUCCAACAGAUUACAAAGAGAUGAGGUGGUGGCAGAAUGGAAGAAAGUGAAAGACCAGAUGUCUCUGCAUGUGCACUGCCACAUAAGUGGAGGCCAUUUCCUUCUAGAUUUGUGCGCUAAACUUAGAUACUUCAUCUUCUGCAAAGAGCUUCCAGUGGUUUUGAAGGCUUUUGUUCAUGGAGAUGGCAACCUGCUCAACAAUUACCCAGAAUUACAGGAAGCUUUGGUUUGGGUUUACUUUCAUUCGAACCUCCCAGAAUUCAAUAGAGUAGAAUGCUGGGGGGCGCUCAAUAAUGCAGCGGCGCCUCCUCCUCCUGCCGCCGGUGGUGGCGAUGGUAGGGUGGAGGCACACCAGGACAUGAGACAGGUGGAACCAUCAAGCAAAUGGGAGAGACCAGAAGAGCCAUGCAUUGAGAACUGUACAUGUUGCUUCCCACCAAUGAGCCUCAUCCCAUGGUCACAAGAUCUCGCCCAUGAAAAUAUUCAUGAUACCCAAAAGGGAUUACAGCAGCAAACCUGACCAGAUGAUCUUUACUCUUUAAGAGUCUGUAGGCUGCUAUUCACUAUUUUCAAGCACUUGCAUUGCUACUGUAAAAUUUGUUGUAAAAUGUAAAUAAAAGGUUCAUAUUAGUCGGCAUGGUGGGUUGGAACAUUUAUGGCUAUAUGUCUCUGUUCAUUACCAUCGUCUUUGUACAACGUGACUGCAUAAUCUUUCCCUGUUUCAGAACACUGUUAGUUGCCUUCUGAGGGCCCUGAAUGAUUGCCAUAUCCAAGUAUCGUAUUUUGGUA